AUGGGUGCCUCCCAGCUGGCUGAUGUACUGGAACUUCACCAUAAGAAAAAUGGUCAUCCUUGCCUUCCUGAUCCUGCCCUUCUGGACCUACUCUGUGGUGCUGAAAUGGCCAAUACAUCAGGUUUAAAGAAGAAGGCAACCAAAGCAUCCAAGGACCUGAGCAAUGGUCCUAAGUCCACACAACUAGCCUGGUAUAGUCCCUGCUGGAAGCACUUUCUCAAGGAAGCAAAGGGAGAGUGUCAUGUCCUGCAUGCUCUAGAGAAUGCAUUCCCAAAACUUGUCCCUGACUUAUCAACCAGCAUCAUGGAGUUGCUCUCAGCUUCUCUCAUUGAAUGGCUUGGAGAUGGUAAUCAAGUUGAAGCUGAUGUAUGGCCCACUCACAAACCUGAUAUGGCAAGACUGUUAUAUGAUGAUCUAUUAACUUGGCAGUCAGACCUCAAGAAGAUAGUUGCCGCCAUCACUCCUUCUGUAUACAAUCUCAUCCCACUGACCGAUCUUUCCACUCAGGAGCACACAAAUUGGGUUGAAGCAGCUGCUGUGGACUUGCUGGAUAAAUUGAAAUAUUUGUGUGACAGGAAGGAUGAAUUGGGGAAGACUAAAAAUUUUGCUCACCCUGGACUUCAUGAAGCCACCAUUCUUUUCAUCUAUUUCAACUGUGUCUUUGAUGGUCUCGAAAAAAAUGGGAAUGGGAAGACUUACCCCAAUUUUUUGUCAAAGGAUUACCUGUGCAUAUACAACAGAAUGCUGGGACUACUCAAAGACAUUAUGAAUGACCCUUAUCAUGGCCCAAAAUUGGUGCAGUGGCUUCAUGAGUGGGCUGAAGCUGGAUGGGCCAAGUUUUGCAAACUUGACAGCAUUGACAGAUCCAAGCAUGUCCACCUGCAGGUAGAGCUUGAUUAG